ACGGAUUGUCCGAACCAGGACUAUUUCAACUUUAGAUACUUCCUCUAGCAAUGUGAGCGAAAUAUUAAAGAGGAGUGCUCUUCGUCAUUGUGCGUUUUAAAGCAAUCUGACUAAUACAUUUAUUUGUUUUAUCGAUUUUAAGCGUCGGAAGGAACCUGUCACCUCCCUGUUGCAUUGCUAUAAAACCGAACGUGCGAGUCAGUACGGUCACGGAGACGCGCAUCGGACGCGCGCACUGAAGAACUGUGUUAUACGUGGAGGAAACUGUUCACGCACAGCUGAAAGAACAUUGAACAACAUACUCGAACAAUACGACUUUGAAUCGACGUUUACCUUGCGUUUUUAUCCUACUUUAAAGUGCUUUGGGAAAGGAAAAGGAAAGUUACUGGGUGAAACAUGAAAUUUCUCUUACCGGCUGUAGUCCUUUUUCUUGUUUUGUGCCAAGUUUUUGGAGAAGAAUUGGGUCCAAAAGAAGACCUUGAUUAUUGGACAGGCAACAAUCAGGUACAGGAUGAGUGGAUUCAGGCGGAUCCCUUCAGAGAGAUACUAAGACGUAUGACGAGGAAACCCCGACCUCAUCAGUUCAUUGGUCUGAUGGGGAAACGGUCCUCUGCAAAUGCACAGAUUACACGAAAAAGGCAUAAAAUCAAUUCUUUUGUGGGGCUGAUGGGUAAAAGAAGCCAAGAAGAGCCAGAAUAUGAAUGGGGAACAGUACAGAUCUACGACAAAAGACGUUAAUGGCUAAAAUGGAUCAUCGUCACAUCCGCUUCCUUACGGAUCAUUUCAUUAUGUGAUACUCAUUUUUUUUCUUUCUUUUUUUUAUUCAGGUCAGAAAUAAACAUUCUUAUUUCACAUUGUGAAAUAUGGCCACACCUGUGCCAGUUUAUUUAUGUCAGACAUUUCAAAACGGUUCAGCUGUGAUCAAACGUGUUUGUCACAACAUCUUUCCCGAUGUUGUGGAGCAUUAAAGCAAAGCGUUGUCCAUUCUAAGGUACUCAGAGAUUUGUGCUGAAAAUGUCAAUUUUAGUGCCUCAUAGUGUUUUCACUUUUCACCAUGACUGAUGAUGUUAUAAUACAGACAGUCCGGGUGUGAUGUCAUCCUGCGCAUGUCUUGUCACUGCUAUAAGCAAAGGUUUUGCUAUCUUGAUAUCUCUGUGUGAUUGUAGCUUGAUAUUAAAAAUAUUUUCUUUA